AUGAACGUAGCCGAACUUGAAACACAAGUGAUAUCGGCCCAAAAGGCCGGUAAGUUGCCAUUCUUUGUUAAUGCUACGGUGGGAACCACAAUCCUUGGCGCUUUUGACCCAUUACCAGAAAUUGCAGACAUUUGCGAACGUCACAAACUUUGGCUUCAUGUUGAUGGUGCCUGGGGAGGUUCGAUACUUAUGUCAAAGAAACACAGACAUUUAUUGGAUGGAAUAUACAGGGCAAAUUCAUUCACUUGGAAUCCACACAAACUGUUGGGUGUCCCGCUGCAGUGUUCAGCGUUUUUGCUACGAGAAAAAGGUCACCUGCAAUCAUGUAAUGCUAUGCACGCGGACUAUUUGUUCCAGAAAGAUAAAAACUACGACAUCUCUUAUGAUACCGGCGACAAAGCAAUCCAAUGUGGCAGACAUAAUGACAUUUUCAAAUUUUGGCUAAUGUGGAGGGCGAAAGGAGAGAAAGGAUUCGGAGACCAUAUUGACCGGAUGUUCGAACUGGGAGAAUAUCUUCGAAGUUUAAUAAAAGGACGAGAAGGUUUCAAGUUUGUUUUGGAAAAGGGUGAAUGCACAAACGUUUGUUUCUGGUAUAUCCCAGCGAGACUGAGAGAUAUGCCAGAAGGUCACGAGAAGAAUGCCGAAUUACACAAGGUGGCGAGUCGAAUUAAAGCAAAGGUUUCAACCCGACCGACUUUACGGCUCAGUCCUCGAAUAGUGAGAUAUCAAGAUGAAUUACUACUUCAGUGA